GAGCACACAUGUACACCUAAGCUGUCCAGAGGCACUAUUAAGGACUUAUUCUAAAAGCAAGAAAUACAGUAUGGCCUUUUGCAGAGAUGUUGACAGGAAGGUGACAAACUAGUCAUUCAAAGAGAAUCUGAAAGCUUUUGACCGAGAAGUAAAUGCGUUUGUGGAUUAUAUGUUUGGACCUCGAGAUUCCAGGGUUAGAGGAUGGUUCCUUCUAGACUCUUACCUUCCCACAUUUUUCCUUACUGGAGCAUACCUAGUCUGCAUAUGGCUAGGCAACCAGUUCAUGAAGAACAGGCCUGCUUUCUCACUCAGGGCUCACCUCAUUGUAUAUAACCUUGGGAUUACGCUGCUCUCCUUGUACAUGUUCAUAGAGCUCAUCCUUGCUACAUGGGAAGGAGGCUACAACUUACAGUGUCAGAACCUCCAUAGCGCAGGGGAAGCUGACAUGCGGGUAGCCAAGGUGCUGUGGUGGUAUUAUUUUUCCAAAGUAAUUGAAUUCAUGGACACUAUCUUCUUUGUACUGAGAAAGAAAAGCAGCCAGAUCACCUUCCUUCAUGUGUAUCACCAUGCCACUAUGUUUAACAUUUGGUGGUGUGUUCUGAAUUGGAUACCUUGUGGUCAAAGUUUCUUCGGACCUACUUUGAAUAGCUUUAUCCAUGUGCUCAUGUAUUCUUAUUAUGGACUGUCAGUCAUCCCUUCCAUGCGCAAGUAUCUGUGGUGGAAGAAGUACCUCACUCAGGCACAACUGAUCCAGUUUCUGCUCACUAUCGUGCACACACUCAGUGCAGCUGUGAAGCCAUGCGGAUUUCCGUUUGGCUGCCUCAUGUUUCAGUCCUCCUAUAUGGCCACAUUGGUUAUUCUCUUCAUAAACUUUUACAUUAAGACAUACCGGAAAACACCUUCAAGAACGGCUAUAAAGGAAACCCCUCUCACAACAGAAAUAAAGAACGGUUUCCAUAAGGACUACUUUGUUACUGCCAAUGGAUUCCUGAACAAUAAGAAAGCACAAUAAGUACAGUAACUCAAUACUAUGGUGUAGUAUUUGCCUUUUUUUUUUUCUCUAAAAAAGGAAAAAAAAAGACUGAAUUACUAGCUGUAGCUUAAACCCUGUUUGAUUACAUUUAUCAGUUCUUUGUACCAGACACUAAUGUACUGCUAUUUAGGUUUUAACAAAGUGAGUAAAUUUAGUUGCCCUGUCAAAGAUCACCAUCAGAGCAGUAAGGCCAAUGGAAAUAUCAUCUUUCUCAUAUGGAAAAGAAAAUAAAAUCCUUCAGAUCUCUAAUGCUGACACAAAAAAGCCUUAUAAAACACUUCAUGGAGAAAUACACUGGAGCCUUCAGAAGGUUAGGAUUCUGUUCAGACUAACAGGCUGAGCAUUUUCUGUGCACAUGAGAAGUUUCAGGACAGGGGUUUGCAGCACACCCAAAUUCAGCUAGACCAUGGUUGAAGUCAAAAAAGAAGAAACAAAAGGGGCAGGGGGGAAAGGCAUGAGAAUCAUAUUGCUUCUGUCACCAUACCUCUCUGCUGCUUCCCAGGCUUUCUCCAAAGAACACCGUCUCCCUCCUCCUGACCCUCCCUUGAACACCAGCUAGGUCUAGCCAUCCCUUCGUUCCCACAGGAGCUGUGCCGGGGGGGCGGGAGGAGCGGGUAGGAGAGGGCAGAGCCCAGGUGCACCAUCAUAGGGUUUGCAGACAGACAUGUGCCAUGCUUGCUUGCUUUGCAUAUUGAGACCCAAGACUAAAAUGCCACUGAGGUUGGUGGUACCUUCCUAUUUCAGGAGGCUGGGACUGGUAGCACCAGUGGGCUGCAUGAUGUGAGAUUUAGAGUACAUGAUAUUACACAACAAUACGGGUUUUUGAGCUCCAGUCAGAGCAAGGCAGGUCACUUUGGAUGUGCUAAGUUAAUAGGAGUUCUAACUAAAUGGCUUUUGGAAGAAAUAGGAGCUCAACAAUUUAAUGAAGAUAAAUCCUUUGAUUAUAAAAGUGCACAAAGGAAAAUUAACCGUAUACAAGCAGUGCCAGCUUGAUGCAUGAAAUGCCAAAUAUUACUACACUAGAAGAUGCAGGAAGUCUUAAAAGUAAAUUUAGCAGUGAGCAAAGUAUACUAUAUAGCAAUUUCCAUGCUAUGUAGGCCUUAUUCAGACUUGACUCUGAUAAGGCUAGAGAAACAGAAGGGACUGAGAUGCAGUCUUCUGUAGGGAAAGCAAAGAGAUUUCCUGUCUGCAGCUGUAAAGAUGCAUCUCACACACGGAAAUCAGUCACCAUCUUUGCUGCUUCAGUUAGUUGCAUUACCUCUCACUUAAACAAUCAGCGAAGCAGAAUUCCCUAGGCUAUCUUUGGGGAUCUGCCCCUUGCUCUUUUCUUAUUUAGUCCCCUUCAAAGCCUCUAAGAGUGAACACAGCCUUUCUUCCUCUCUCUUUUUUGCAGCUGAAAUAGUUCUAGUUUCUUCCAACCUCAUAUAUACAAAUUCUUUUAACAAAAACACUUUUCAGAGUUGCCCCAGACCAGUAAAUCUCACAGACCAAAGUGAUUCUGUCAGGGCACUGUGGUCUUUCCCUCCCCAUCAUCCUGUGGAGUACCAGGGCAGGAAGAAAAGGACACCACACAGCCAGUGCUGGAGAACCAAAGAGCAGCAUACAGCCAGCACAGAGAGAAAGCUGGUCCAAGUCCUCUCUCCUCAAAUUCUCCUCUGCCUAGCAACUCAACUGUCCCAUCUAGCUGAUCUUUUGCUCAGUGGUCUUGGAGGCAACAGGUACAAGCCAUGCAGAUGCAGGGCGGUCAGCUUCACUAGGCACACUUUGAGUGACUGCAGCUGUUGGGGCUUGUGGGUAGUAAGGAAAGGUGCAGGCUGAGAAAGUGGUACAGUAUGGGGGAAGAGCAGAUGUUUCUGACCAGCAAAAACAAGAGGAGAAAGUGAUAAGACAGAGGGAAGAGGCCAUAAGUCAGCACUUAGCUUGAAUUUGUGCUUUAUAACUGUGGGUCUCUUCUGUUUUGAACCAAUUCCAGUUAGUGCUCAGUUACUAUGUGAACAAAGCCUGUGAGCUCCAGCAGAAAACUGAAAUCCUCAUAAAGCUGUAGCAUAUACAGAACAUUUAAGCAGCUAGGCUGUUAAACUACAUCAUCAUAAACUAGGUGACCAAAAUAACUGCAAUAUUCAAGCACAGCAAGCCACAAACAUUCAUCUAGCUGCUGCAUUUUGUUCUCUUCAUUUUUGCUCUCUCUUCAUGAAGAUGACCACAGUAAAAGUCAGCAUUUUGCUUUGUUUUCAAAAUUUGCUAAAGAGGGAAGAUAGCAACCAGAAAACCACAGUAACAAAGCCUAGGCUUUGUGUGCUCUUACUAAUUCUCGCUGGCCCUUCCAGAAACCUUGCUUUGCAGUCGACACUGCAAACUCACAAAUUGUAAGCAAUUAGUGGGUUCACUAUCAAUCGGCAAUUGUGCUGCAAUCAGCAGCACUGAAGGUGCUGCAUAUGACCCUGAAUAAAUGGGGGAGCUUCAAAGGCCCCCGCAGAUGUUAGUAUGGUAUAAGACAACUAUAGAAGUGGUGAAGGCAGAGGGAAUCAGAACAACUGACAAGACAGCAGGCGAGACAAACAGUUAAAUUGUUCAUUUAAGGCAGACAACAAAAAGAUUGCGUAGCCAAGCAUGGGUUUUAGUCUGAAAGGAGUCCAUAACCUUUUGAUGGCAAAACAUCCAGUUGACUAUCGACACAGACAAUGUCAACACACUAAAUGUUAAAGUUUGCUAUGGCAACCAAACGCACAGAAAUUGAUUGUCUUUUGUUUUGUUGAAACCUAAUUUGAAAAGGAAAAAAUUUGCCUUACUUGAAGCUCAAAGGGCUGAAAAACCCCAAGAUGGUCUCACCUUGCAGAUCCAGACCACCAGGAAGGCUGGGAAGCAGGUAUGUUUUAAAUUCUUCAGAUUUGUAUUAACAUCUUAAAUGCUGCAACUUUGAAGAGAAAGAAGCAUUGACUUUUUAAACUGAUUUUCCUGUAAUACGUAACACUGUAAAUAAACAAAUUUUACUAUCA